AUGGAGGCGCUGUACGAGCGCGUCCUGGCGCUCGUGCCGAAGCCGCAGCUGCACGAGAACUACAACGCCGUGCUGCACGAGGAGUUUGCGUCCGUUGCACAGACAUUGGGCGACGUGACGGCAGCCUUCGCGAAGCUGGAGGAGGUGCACGAUGCCGUCUCGAAGCUGCAGCAGAGCCACGACUCGUCGACCGGCGGCCGCAGUGACAGUUUGAUGGCGUCGGCAGACAGUACGAUGGAGUUGCAGCAACAGGUGCUGCGUCGAGUGGAGAAACUCGCAGUUGGGAUGGAAGUGGUGCCGGUGGAGAGGAAGCGGAAGCGGGUGGUGGAGGAGGAGGACGAGGCAACGGUGCCAAGUGUCGCCAUUCCGGUGCCCAAUAGUGGUGGAGAGGACAACGGAAGAGCAGGUUUCAAUGGUGCAUCCAGCAAUGCAAAACGAUCCAAGGCUGAUGUUGGAUCGGGCUCCCAGGGAGAAGUAGCAGCAGCGUCAGGAUCUGAGUCAAGUUCAUCGUCCGAAUCUAACAGCGAUGAUGAUUCGAGUUCAUCGUCCGAGUCGGACAGUGAUGACGUGGAAGGCAGUGAAGCAGCGUGGAGGGCCUUGACGACGAAGGGUAAUCUGAAUGCUUCAUCAUCCAACACAAGUGCUGCACCCACUUCGGCAAAGACUACUACCAAGCCAACGGAAUCAAAUACGGACGCAGCGGUGCCGAGGAAGUCGGCAACGUACUUGAAGACCAUCGUCGAACUGGUGAACAAAGACAUCCGUCCGAUCAAUAUGUCGUUCAUUAUUCCAGAUGUGGUGACCGCGUUGAAAGAAUCGGUGGAGGAGGACGUGGAUGCUAAGCAGCAGGCUCAUGUGGCUUGCUCUUUGGAAAUUCUAGUUGGUUGGUGGGUUCGCCAGGGCGAAUACCAAGCUCAGUAUGCUGGAUUGUACCGCGAGUAUGCCGCUGUGGUGGAGUCGUACGCGGAUCGGCUAUCGGGCUCAGCUUGCAAGUCCAAGCUCAAGAGGUUAACGAUGUUGUUGAAGGAGGCUAUAUCUUCUACAAUUGAGAGUCUCGGUGGUCCACAAAUGCCCAGCAGUACCAAGGCAAAAGUUGACGCAGCAGUCACACGUGCAAAGCAGAACGGGGCCAUUUCGUCGAUGGCAGGUGGGCCUGAUAUUCUACCCCAUGACGACCAAAUCAGACGGCUGCUUUUGCUGCUUGUUGCAUUCAAAAAGGAAACAACUGGGAAUGUUGAGGAUACCUGUGGAGAUCGAAUUGUCAAGGCUAUCACCAGAAUGUCUCGAUGGAUAGCUGAAGGCCGUCGUAAGCCUACGCACCUAGCUAUGUAUCGUUUGAUCGUGAACGCAAUGCAAGAGUUUUCGAAGCGGAUACUAAAACUAUCCGCGAGAGAUCACAUUGUUGGAGUUUUGGAUAACAUGUCGGAACUAAUUUCAGACCCGUCAAACGCCAAGAACCUUGAUCAGUUGGCGAAUAUCCGCCGUCGUGCAGAUAAAUUUUUCGGAGAAGUGAAGAGAUGGCAGCAGAAACGUACACCUAUGUCUACCAAAGAAGCUCAUACGCUGAAGGAGACCCUUUUCAUCCUAGUGAAGGAUACGACGGUGGGAUGGAAUCCAUGCCAAAGCGUUGUUAUGCGUAGGUGCGUCAAGGAACUGAAGAGUGUUAUGGUAGAGGCUCAAGCACUCAGCGACACCAAGUCAGCUAGAAGUUUCGAUGCGUGCUUGAACAAUAUUGCAAGCUGGGGGAUUGAUGAACUGUAA